UGCCCGCGCUCCUCGGCGCUGAGCGCUCGGGCUGGGGAGGCUGUGGGCGCGUCAAGGUCGGCCUGGGACUGGGGUGGCCGCCUGCCCGGGGGCGGGAGACCCUGGGGGGCCGGGCUGCGGCCCCCAAGCGCCUCGGCCUUAUUGAAGAGCCGUCUUCGUGUGCGAAGGCCUCUCCCAAGCUGCGGGCGCGUCCCGAGGCAGGAAGAGCCACGGGGCAGCCCGUGCGCCCCCACUAGCUUGGAGCCGGGACUCCACGUCUGCAGCUGGCGGUGGGCUUCGAGCCCCAGGACUCGCCUCUCCCGGGCUCACGUAAGCAUCCUGGGGAUUGAUUCCCGCCAGUCCUCGGUGGUGGGCGGGGAGCCGGACUCGGUCAAGACUGGACUUUGUGGCGGGCAGAGGAGUCGGGAGGGGCUGGCUCAUCCUUGGCUGCAGAGGUGAGACCCUCCCCGGGGGCAGUUCUGCUGGGACCCCCACCCCCAAGACUCAGGCCUAUUUGUAGUUUGGGGUCGUUGCCCCCAGCCCAGAUUUCACCCUGGAGAUCUUAAAGACCCUCGAGAAAAGCCACGUGGGGGGCUGGUUCCCCUGGGGCUUCCUCCCAUCCCCCGACUCCCUGAUCCUCUGGAGCGUCCCUGAUGUGUGCAAAGAUGUGGAUCUGGACGUCCUCGUGGAAGCCUUGAAGCCCGUUGGGACCUUUAAGAAGAUUGGCAAGGUGUUCCGCAGGGAGGAGGACUCCACGGUGGGGAUGCUGCAGAUCGGGGAGGACGUCGACUAUUUGCUCAUCCCCCGGGAGGUCAGGCUGGCCGGAGGCGUGUGGAGGGUCAUCUCCAAGCCUGCCACCAAGGAGGCGGAAUUUCGGGAGCGGCUGAUCCAGUUUCUGGAGGAAGAAGGCCGCACAUUGGAGGACGUGGCCCGCAUCAUUGAGAAGAGCACCCCACACCCGCCCCAGCCCCCCAGAAAGCCCAAGGAGCCCGGAGGGAGGAGGAGAGUCCAGCAGAUGGUGACCCCUCCCCCACGCCUGGUCGUGGGCACCUAUGACAGCAGCAAUGCCAGCGACAGCGAGUUCAGUGACUUCGACACCUCCAGAGACAAGCGUGACAAGGGUGACAAAGGUCACAAAGGUGCAGGGCGCAGCAGGAAGGUGCGCAAAAUGCCAGUCAGUUACCUGGGCAGCAAAUUUCUAGGGAGCGACCUGGAGAGCGAGGACGACGAGGAACUGGUGGAGGCCUUCCUGCAGCGAGGGGAGAAGAAGCCCAGCGCGCCACCUGCCCGCCGCCGGGUGAACCUGCCAGUGCCCAUGUUCGAGGACAACCCCAGGCCGCAGCUGUCCAAGGCUGACAGGUGGCGAGAGUAUGUCAGCCAGGUGUCCUGGGGGAAGCUGAAGCGGAGGGUGAAGGGUUGGGCGCCCAGGUCCAGCCCCGAGGUGGGCGAGGCCCGGCAGGCCUCUACCAGGCUGGAGAGGGUUGGGGCGUCCAUACUGGGCAGAGCCAGCCGGGGGGUUAAUGUGGGCAACACAGGAGCUGAGCAGGUGCCUGAGAGUCCCCCAAGACGAUGGAGGCCCAAAAUCAACUGGGCCUCUUUUCGCCGUCACAGGAGGGAAGAAGCAGCAUCCACAGAGGAGGGGGCAGAGGUUGUAGAUGAUCAGAGAGCAGAGGCUGCAGAUGAUCAGGGGGCUGAGGCUGCAGAUAAUCAGAGGGCAGAGGCUGCAGAUGAUCAGAGGGCAGAGGCUGCAGAUGAUCAGGGGGCUGAGGCUGCAGAUGAUCAGGGGGCUGAGGCUGCAGAUAAUCAGAGAGCUGAGGCUGCAGAUAAUCAGAGGGCAGAGGCUGCAGAUAAUCAGAGGGCAGAGGCUGCAGAUGAUCAAAGAGUAGAGGCCAUACCUGUCCAGGGGGCAGAGGCCAUAGCUGUCCAGAGGGCAGAAGUUGCAAGUAGUCAGGGGGAAGGGGCUCCAGAUAAUCAAAGGGCAGAGGUCCCAGUUGUCCAGGGGGCAGAGGCUGCAUCCGAUGGGGCAGAAGCCAUAGCCAACCAGAGGGCAGAAGCGGCACAUAACCAAAGGGCAGAAGCCCCAGCUGCCCAGGUGGCCACAGGGACAACCCAAGGAGCUAAGGCCCGGAAACAGGUCAAGACAGUGAGGUUCCAGACCCCUGGACGUUUUUCAUGGUUUCGCAAACGCCGGAGAGCCUUCUGGCACACUCCCCGGUUGCCAACCCUGCCCAAGAGAGUCCCCAGGGCAGGCGAGGCCAGGAGCCUUAGAGUGUUAAGGGCAGAGGCCAGAGCAGAAGCAGAGCAGGGAGAGCGAGAAGACCAGCUGUGAGGUGAGGGCAGGGGUGCCCUGGGGCUCGCAGCCACCUGCCAUACCAUCACCACUCUGGGCUCGGCCCUCCCUCCCCUGCACUUGGGUGGAGAUGCCCUUCCUGCCACCAUACUUGAAAAUGCAAGUGGACAAGGGUCGGGCAGUGGUCCUCCCAUCUCCACCCAGCACCCAUCUUUCCUGUUAAAAGUUUAUCUUUCAUGCAUUGAUUUUUUGUUUUUAAAGACUCUUUCUAGUCACCCAAGGAAUGUAAAGAAACAGAGCCAUACAAAGGGGUUGCAUCACUCAUGAUUUUAACUUCUCAAAUGCGACUCUAGGUGCUCAGCUUGGCGGGGGCAGGAUGCUAGGGAGAAAUUUCCUCCCCUCCCCCUUUCUCUUCUUUUCUCCUGCACACUUAACAUUGACCGCCUCCUUGAACUUAAGAAAAAAGGGGCUCGAGCCGACAUGCAAAUAAAAUGCUUACCACGUGAUUUCCUGGCUCUGGACUGGGCAGCUGAAGAAUGCUCCAGGGUUAUGCUGUCACUCCCUUGUGUCCCCUCCACUCCCACCCUCCUGGAUGGUGACCUGCCUGUCUAUGUCACUUUGCUCGCCAUCCCCAUGCCCCUGGGUUCCGGCCCAGGGCCUGCACUUUUAUAUACUCUCCCCAACCACCACCCCCGCCAACCUUGGUUGCAGGGUCCAGAAGUAUCUGGGAAAUGUGUCCGAAAUUCAGAUUCCGGGGCCCUUCAUGCCAAAGCUGUGGAUUUGCUGGAGUGGGCUGUGUGCCCCCGGAAUCUGUUUCGAUCGAGCCCCCAAAAUAUCUCCUGGGGCAGACUGAUCACUGGACACAUCGAAAACUGCAAUAGGAACAGGCCAAAAAGCUGGAUGGUGGUAUAGUGUGUAGUGUGCUGUGACUGGCGCUUAUAAUCAGGGAAAGACUGGGUUGUUAGGGCCCCGUAGGCCCUGAGGGACCUCUCUCUGUAUUGUCUUGUGUCCCCCAACCCCAGCCCCGCUGAGGGUGAGAGCAAAGAGAAGUCAGGGAGGAGAGAGGCCUGAAGGCCAGCUCUGUCUUGGCUAAGGCUGCAGUCCUGGCCUAAGCCUCUUAGUCUUUUUCCUCUGGAACUAAAAGAAUUACAUGCCCGCACCCACUUCCACACUGGAAGGAGGAGCUGCUGGUGUUCCUUCCGAGUGAUGCUAAGAGCUGCUUUGCACUGGUACAGUAAAUGGCUCAAGCCUGGCAGGAAAAAGGGGAUUUAGAAGACAGGGUGUGGACCCCACCUGGAGGGAUGGACUUUGCCAGGGGCUGGGGAGUUACCACGCUGGAUGCGGCUGGCCCUGGAGUGCCCAGUGGGUGCUCUGGAUGCCAGGCUAGUGGUAGCACUUGGUGGGGGGGGCUCUCCAUAGCUGCUGCCCCUCUGGGAGAAGAGCAGCCACAUGAUCACGAGGGCCUAGUCUGUUUGGGGUCCUGGAGGAUGAAAGAAAGUGGGAGUGGAGAUGGUGAGAUAUACCAGGAGAGAUAUGGGGGCAAAUCCACCCCACUCCCCACCCCCUGCUGAUUCUCAGUUUGUCCCUCCCAUCCCCAGUGUUCCAGGCAUGAACAUCCAGUAAUGCCCAGGAGUCAGAGGUCCCUUGGGUUCCCUGAAAUUGUACCAGGGCUUUCAUAUUUUUAAUCCAAGGGGAUUUCAUUUAACACCUGAAUGGCCCAGGCCACGAUGCAGCCCACUGAUGCCUCCAGGAUAGUGCUUUCAAACAUGCAAGGAUUUUCAUGAGGGGGGGGGGGAAGCACCAGAAAACUAGAGUUUUGUCCCCAGACUGGCCUUUAUCUGGACACCCCUAAGUGUCCCCAAAGAGAAAAACAACAGAACAUGGCCAUAGAGGUGCCACCCUGCAAUAGCAAGGACUUUCUGAGUGCCCCAUGUUGGUGUGCCUUGACAGGAGGAACCAUUAGGGAGACAGGGUAAGGAGGUAUUUGGGCUUAUAUCACCCCUAGCACCACCCCUCACAAGCUGUGUGACCUUGGGCUGGCUAAUUUAUGCCUCUCUGUGCCCCUAUCUGAGAUGAUUGAAGAAGACAUAAUGUAUUAAAGCUCAAAUCAGCCCCAA